AGCGGGUGGGCGAGCGACUUACUGUAGUUAUGUUUACACGGGACGGAAUCUAAUCAGAGGAAGGUUAUAAAUAAUUGGGUGAAUUCAACUGAUUUCAGCUGGUUUCCAGCGGCGCGAUAUGUUGGGGCGAUGUAAGAGCAGCUAUUGACUGUCAGUUAGGCGGGCCGGCUGGGGUAGGCCUGGUUGCCAUGGUUUCCGAUUGAGCGGCGCGCGCAGCUGGCGGGAUCCUUCCCCCCCCACCCUUGCUGCCAAGGCGCACGCGUGUUGCCGGACCCGUUCCAGAGUGGCGCGCGCAACCUGCGAGCUAAUUGCUAGUUGCAGUCGGGACGCAGGCGCGUUGCCGGACCCGGACUGCAAUACCUUCAAAUGUUGCUUUAAGCAAGUUAUAUGGUCCUCACUCACUCAUUAGCACUUUAUUCAAUCCGGCACAGAACCCCCCCCCCCCCCACCUAUAUUUUUUUGUUUUCUGCGUUGCUUUAAUCGUUUGACAGCUUACAAGUUUUUUAAGCCUGGCUGCGGAACCUGUUGCCCUCUUGUGAUUUGAAGCCGUCUUUUUUUCACCCCCACCUUCCACUGGAGAUUUUUUUAAACCACUGGUUUCUGCGAAGAGGUGUUGCCUGCAUUGUGAUAUUUAAAUCGGUGCUCAAGUGGUUGUGCAGUUAAUCAGGCUGCUUGCUUGCUUGCUAUGGGAGAUUGGAGAGCUAUAACCAUGCCAGAACAAGAGUCAUCACCAGACAGCAAAGAAAUUAUUUAUCGUUACGCAUCCAGAUCACGAAUGUCUCCCCACAACAGCUUCAUCGAGGCACUGCCUUUAUUUACCAGUCAUAAUUUAAGUUUCUUUUGUACAAAGGAGAAUGUAGAUCAAUGCAUAGCAUACCUCAAUCAGGAGCUCACUACAUUGGGUUUUCCAUCAUUUUACACUGAAGAGGCACAGAAAGAACUGAACCUGGAGGCCAUUUUAAAUUGCAUGUAUGAUCUGCUACAACUUCAUCGCAAAGGCCUUCGUGCUUUAGAAGAUAUGGAAACGCAAAAUCUGAAAUCUAGUAGUGAUAUGGACCAUUUGUACCACAGCCAAGUUAAACUAAAGGAUCAACUAGAGCUCUCUCGUAGAGAAGUUAUAUCCCUUCAAGAAAAGGACAGACAGUUACAAUUGAAGAACAGAACAUUACACAAUUUACUGAAAAAUGAAAAGGAAGAGAUACAAAAAUUGCAGAAUAUAAUAGCAAGUCGUGCAACUCAAUACAACCAUGACCUGAAGAGAAAGGAGCGCGAGUACAAUAAGCUGAAAGAACGCCUACACCAACUUGUAAUGGAUAAAAAAGAUAAAAAACUAUGUAUUGACAUCCUAAAUUACGUGGAUCGAUCUGAUGGACGGCGGAGUGUGUGGAGGACUGGCAAGACAGAAGUCAGGAAUGAAGGGGAAAUGUAUAAAUCUCUUAUAAGCAACUAUGAAAGGCAUCGUAAAGAACUAAUGGUAGAAAAUAUUGAACUGAAACAAGUUCUACAGCAGAUGAAGAAAGAUAUGAUGUCUAUACUUAGUCGAAAAAAGCAGAGACCAAAAGAACACGUAGAAGAUAGCAGUGGUAUAGCAGGGUCAGACAAUGAAGAGGAUUCUCGUGAAUUGAACAAAGAAAAUAGCUUGGAGCUUUCUUGUGAUGCAGUCCGAGAGCAGCUCACCAACAGUAUUCGGCAACAGUGGAGAAUAUUGAAAAACCACGUUGAGAAACUGGACUCUCAAGCAUCCUUAGUGAACUCUGGUUUUCAUGAAGAUGAUGAAGUUAUCAGCAGAGAUGAUCUUGAGCAAGAAAUUGAGAAGCUAAAGGUAGAAAUUCAGCAGUGCAGGGAUGUGAUCAAAGCCCAGCAACAGUUGUUACAGCAACAGCUUAAUGCCCAGUGUGAUGAUGAAACAGCUGUAUUAGUACGAGACUGCUACUUACUCGAAGAGAAAGAACGAUUGAAAGAAGAGUGGAGACUAUUUAAUGACCAAAAGAAAAACUUUGAAAGAGAGAGAAGAAACUUUACAGAAGCAGCCAUUAGACUAGGGCAUGAGAGGAAGGGUUUUGAGGAAGAACGAGCAACAUGGUUGAAGCAGCAGUUUUUGAACAUGACUCCUUUUGUGGAGAGCAAAAGGCCAAAAAUAAUGAAGCCACAAAGUGCCUUGUCUAUCAGUGCAGAGCAGGAGAAGCACAAGACACAAUCACAGCCAAAUAUAUCUGCUUACCUCCGACCUAAUACAGCUCCAGUAACUACACCUGAAUCUUCAACAAGUACCAAAUUUCCUCAAAUAAAUAGUGCCACAUCCACAGAAACGGGUCGAACAAUACGCCUCACUCCAGGAACUAGCUCAAAACUUGUACCAAAAAGAGGAAAUGUGGACAGUUAUGAUGUAAAGAAAAACAGUGGUGGAGCGGCUCAUGAGAAAUGGAGAAGCACUUCAAAGCCCAGCUCUGAUCAUAGGUAUUAUAACGGGUGUUCUACGCUUUGGAACCAUUCGCAGGAGGAUGGCAAGUGGGAUGAAAGUUCUCUACAAUCUGCAAAUGAGCCUAAUCUCAAAUGACUUGUGCAGAAAUUAUGACUCCAGAUUCUGUAAAUCUAUCUUGGGUUCUUGGAAUGUAGUACUCUAUUUAAAUAAUGCACUUGCAUUUAUACAUGUCAUAGUGACAUUUGAACUGAAGAUCUCUUCAAGCAGCACUUUGUAUGUCAAGUGGAAACUGGUGAGAGUUGUGACUAGGAAGCCUGUAUGACUUUUAGUUUUCUUUAGGGGCACUGUUUACAUCUAACUGGGUCAGAAGAAUCUCAUUCUUAAGUAAAUGGUUUUUUUUAUUUUUCUCUUUCACUAUCGAUUUUAUUUAAGGAUUAAGUGCAAACUUUUUUUUAGAGGUUUUUAAUUUUUUAAUGUUUUGAUGAGUUUUGAAUGUGUUUAUGUUGGAUAUAUGAACCACUAGAGCAGCUGAAGAAAUGUUUUUUUAAAACCUUUCGACAUUAAUGACAAUGCUCAAAAUGUCUUGCACGUGUCAAAUCAUCUCUACCAGCAACAGUUGCUCAACUUUAAAUUAAGUCCUUGUAAAUUGUUCUGAUUUUAAUUUGAUUUUUUUUAAACUAGGUACUGCUUUAAAUGUAACACAUGAUUUUUUUUUUCUUGUCCCUGAAAGAUGGGAUCUUAAUAAAAAUGUGUGUUUA